GUCGGAGGGACAGACAAGCGGAGGCUUUUGCGUUCGUUUCUGUGUAAGCGAUCUUUCCCUCGCUUCUUCAUUUCAGUUUCUCGUCGAAUACCAUUCGGAACCCGCAUCCGGGGUAAGCUGUUUUUGAGGGAUUUUCACGUUUGAGGACAAAAUGGCUGAGGAAGCUCACCGGGUUACUCUGAAUGUUUACGACCUUAGCCAAGGUUUGGCGCGACAACUUUCGACAACAUUUCUGGGAAAGGCUAUCGAUGGCAUAUGGCACACGGGAGUAGUUGUCUACGGAAACGAGUACUUCUUUGGAGGGGGAAUACAGCACUUGCCAGCUGGGAGAACUCCUUAUGGUACUCCGGUUCAAGUGGUUGAGUUGGGCGAAACACAUGUUCCCAAGGAUGUAUUUGAGAUGUACUUGCAGGAAAUUACCCCCCGUUACACUGCUGAAUCCUACAAUUUGCUCACUCACAACUGCAACAACUUCAGCAAUGAGGUCUCUCAGUUUUUGGUGGGUAAGGGAGUUCCAGACUACAUUCUGCAGCUGCCCAACGAAGUUAUGAGCAGUCCAAUGGGAAGUCUAAUAAUGCCCAUGAUACAAAACCUCGAGGCAACUCUAAGAGCAGGUGCUGUUCCUCAAGUUCCGCAGUUCAGGCCACAGACGCCACAGCCUUUUCAACCUUUCGGAAAAGACCAAGGUCCAAGGCUGUUGUCACCUAAGCCCAAAGAAGCAAAAGCUGAAGAAGAGAGACCGCUAAAGCCCGAGGAGGCUAAGGUUUCGGCUGCAGCUGGCCGAGUCCCACCUGGAAAUCGUGAAAAACAAAGACAAAACUUGAGACAUUAAGAAGAGAUUGGCCGAGAAUUUGCAGCUCUUAUGGCAGAAGGCACUCUCCGAGCAAGCGAGGCGGCUGCUCUUGCCACAAGGAGGGUUAUGCAGAAGUACGGUCAUCUCAAUGUAGCCAGUUCUUAGUCUAUCUACAAGAGAAAUUCAUUCAUCAUAUUGAAUUUGCAUGUCGAUUUCGCAAAUGGACCAUGAUAUUUGCGGUAGGAAACUCAAUGUCAGAUUGUUGAGAAGUGUAAUCAACUGUAAAAGCUCUUGCAUUUGUCACGUA